UAACUGCCGAAGCUUUUGGGACACAGAGGUAACUUAGCUAGCUAGCCACAUUGCUUUCUCUGAUACACAUAAGGCAUGUUUUCAUGCGAUUUUAAGAUACUUGUAAUUGCUUUUAAGAAUGUGACUACUUGCACUGCCAGCAAGUAAAGUAUGAUCAUCAAUGUUAUCACUAAAUCACUCCUUCAAGUGACACGACUGUCAGUACAGAGACGAUUUUGUCAGCAAGGGUCAGAAAACAUGAUAAGACGAACUCCGAUUAAGAAAGUUUUGUGCGUUGCUGAGAAGAACGAUGCAGCCAAGGGGAUAGCUGAGAUAAUGUCAAAUGGAAGGGCAAGAAGGAGAGAAGGAUUAUCUGUGUACAACAAGUUAUAUGAGUAUGAGUAUAACUUGUUCGGUCAGGAUGUCUCUGUGACGAUGACAUCAGUAUCUGGACAUCUCCUUGGUUUGGAAUUCAAAACUCCUUUUCAAAAAUGGCACAGUUGUAAUCCAGUCCUGUUAUUUGAAGCAGAGGUUGAAAAAUAUUGCCCUGAAAACUUUGUACAAAUAAAGAGGACUCUAGAGAAAGAGAUUCGACAAUGCCAGGCUCUUGUCAUCUGGACAGAUUGUGACAGAGAAGGAGAAAACAUUGGCUUUGAGGUCAUUGAUGUUUGCAAAGCAGUCAAGCCAAACAUCCAAGUGUUUCGAGCCCGUUUUUCUGAAAUCACACCCAACUCUAUCAGGAGAGCUUGUGAGACACUGACAGAGCCAAAUAACAACAUCAGUGAUGCGGUGGAUGUCAGACAAGAGCUGGAUUUGCGCAUUGGAGCGGCAUUUACAAGGUUUCAGACCCUACGUUUACAGAAGAUCUUCCCAGCAUCUCUCGCCAAUCAGCUCAUCAGCUAUGGAAGCUGCCAGUUUCCUACCCUGGGAUUUGUGGUGGAGCGGUUCAAAUCCAUCCAAGCAUUCAUUCCUGAGACCUUCUUUAAGAUCAAAGUGGUCCAUGAACCAAAUGAGGAGGAAACUGUGGAAUUCGGUUGGAAAAGGCAUCGUCUCUUCAGCCAUACAGCCUGCCUUGUGCUCUAUCAGAUUUGCAUGGAGGAACCCACAGCCACGGUGGUUGCUGUUACAAGUAAACCCAAAAGUAAAUGGAGACCACAACCUCUUGACACUGUUGAACUUGAGAAAUUGGCUUCACGCAAAUUAAAGAUCAGUGCGAAAGAAACCAUGAAAAUAGCAGAAAAACUUUACACUCAAGGGUUUAUCAGCUAUCCCCGUACUGAGACCAACAUUUUCCCAAAAGACCUCAACUUGACCUCCCUGGUGGAGCAGCAGACGCAGGAUAAUGAGUGGGGGGGAUUUGCACAGGGCAUCCUGGACCGGAGUGGGCCCAAUCCACGAAACGGAAACAAAUCCGAUCAAGCCCAUCCCCCCAUUCACCCCACCAAGUACACAAGCGGCCUUCAGGGCAACGAAAAACGUCUGUACGAGUUUAUUGUCCGUCAUUUCCUGGCUUGUUGCUCCCAGGAUGCCCAGGGACAGGAAACCAUUGUUGAUAUUGACAUAGCUGAAGAGAAAUUCUCUGCAAGUGGCCUUAUGAUCAUUGCCAGGAACUAUCUGGAUGUUUACCCCUAUGAUAAAUGGUAUACAAAGAUAAUCCCAGUCUAUGAACGAGGGUCUCAGUUUCAGCCAUCGGCCAUAGAGAUGGUAGACGGACAGACGAGCCCACCACAACUGCUCACGGAGGCUGACCUUAUUUCCCUCAUGGAGAAACAUGGCAUUGGCACCGAUGCCACACAUGCAGACCACAUAGAGACCAUCAAGAGCCGAAUGUACGUUGGGCUGACUGCAGACCAGAGGUUUCUCCCAGGAGAACUUGGAAUGGGCCUUGUGGAGGGUUACAACUCCAUGGGCUAUGAGAUGUCCAAGCCGGACCUGAGAGCAGAGCUGGAAGCUGACCUCAAACUGGUCUCUGAGGGGAGAAAGGAUAAAGCCUCUGUCCUGCCGCACCAUGUGGCCAAAUACAAGGCUGUCUUUAUUGAGUCUGUAAGGAAGGCAAAGAAGUUGGAUGAGGCUCUGUCCAACUAUCUAGGCCAGGCUCAGGAGUACACAGAGCAGGAGCAGGCGAUGGAGUUUCCCAUGCCAGUGCGGAAGUGCCCCAGCUGUAACCGAGACAUGGUUUUGAGACAGAAAAAGGACAGCACCAUGAAAUUUCUGUCGUGUACGGGAUACCCGGCCUGUAAGGCAGCUGUGUGGUUCCCCGAGUCUGUGCUGGAGGUCAGCCGAGACGACAGUAUUUGUCCAACAUGCCAACCUCAUCCUGUGCACAUGCUGAAGUUGAAAUUCAAGAGGGGAAGCCUACCUCCCAUGAUGCCUUUAGAGUUUGUGGGUUGCAUCGGUGGAUGUGAUGAGACUUUGAGAGAGGUGCUGAAUCUGAAGUACCUGAGGCCAGGGGUAGGUGGAGGUGAAGGAGGAGGAGGAGGAGGAAGACCAGGCAGUCAAUCCAGUUACAACGCCGCCCCACGCCAGCAGAGUCAGACCAGAGCAAACCCAGCGGCGAGGCCCAGGGCUGACAGCAGUAGACCACCCGCCCCAAGGCCUCGAUCUGAGAGUGGCAGGCCCUCUGCUCCACCUCCUGCACCUGGCUGGUCGAGUCAGCCACCUGCUGCUGCCCACAACAACACCACGGUGUGCAACUGCAGCCAGGAUGCGCUUCUCCUUACCGUGCGCAAGGAAGGUCCAAAUCAGGGUCGGCAGUUCUACAAGUGCAACACUGGGAACUGUACUUUCUUCUUGUGGGCCGACCAGCAGAACGACCAGGGGGCAGGGCAGACCGCAGAGAGAAACCAGCCUCCUCGACAAACCCCUCAACCUCCCAGGCCAUCCCUUGGGUUUGGUAACACAAACCAAGGGUUCGGUAACGGCGGGCCUGCUGGUGGAAAUGAAGGGGAGACCAUGUGUAACUGUAAUGAACCGGCUGUCACCAGAAGCGUCAUGAAGGAUGGGCCCAAUAAAGGGCGCACGUUUCACACCUGCGGGAAACCGCGAGAGCAGCAGUGUGGGUUCUUCCAGUGGGCCGACGAGAACGUCCCACCAGUCUCAAGAGGUUUCAACAAUGAAGAAACAGAAAGAAGAGGGAGAAAGACGGGACCUUCCUCAACAAAAGCUCCGGCAGCCAAGAGACCAAGGACUUGUGGGAUAUGCCAUCAGCCUGGACACACACGGACAACAUGCCCACAGGGCAAUUAAACAGGACUGCGGGGAACCUCAGAAAUGAUCAAAAAUGAUGGCAGAGUAUGAUGAAUGAUGACAGAAUAUUGAAUUCAAAUCAAGGUUAUAGUCUGUGCCUAUGAAUCCUUAUGUUAUUAAACUCUGACUCUUUUUUUUAAUUAUCAAGCAGUAUUUUUAGUAAAAAAAUCAGUUGAGUUGGUAAAUAAAUGUAAAUAAAUUUGUCAGUGUGUUUGAUGUUUUUUUGGCACAUUUUCUGUAGGCACAAUGAUAUCCCUGCUUCUUUAUGAAUGAUGUGGACACCAGGAAACACAAAAUCCACAAUUAAGUUCCUAUACAUGUUGAAAAGCCUAUGUUUGAACUGGGACAUUGAUUACAUUUGGACAGGGACUGAAUAAAAGGGAAAAAUAAGUGUAGCUGUCGAGGCGAUGUUGUGUAGUUUCAGGAAGUUAUAUUAAUGCAAAUAUACUUGCAUUAAAAAAAACAUUUAGGCCGUCUUGUUUCACAGAAACUUAAAGUUAAUGCCAACCCCUAAAUAGUAUGUCCUAACAAUAAUAUACUGCAAACG